AUGGCUGGACUAUUUAGUUUUAUGGAAGGAUAUAACCAAUUUAUGAAAGAACAUGCAGAUCCAAGAACGAAGGAUUGGUUCCUAUCAGGACAACCAGGCCGUCUUAUCUUAAUUCUAGUCACUUAUUUCUAUUUUUGCACCAAAGUUGGACCUAGGUAUAUGAAAGGUAGAAAACCAUAUGAGCUGAAGAAAACUAUACAAUUUUAUAAUUUUCUGCAAGUUGUGGGUAGUGCCUACCUCUUUUAUGAAGGACUUGCAGCUGGAUGGACUGAAUACAGUUUUACCUGUCAACCAGUGGUGCCUGGAGAAAAAGGACAGAGGAUGGCUAGAGGUGUUUGGUUGUACUUCAUAUGCAAACUAAUAGAACUACUAGAUACAGUGUUCUUCGUUUUAAGGAAAAAAUUCAACCAAGUGUCUUACCUACACUUAUAUCAUCACACGCUGAUGCCGGUUUGUGCCUGGAUUGGUGUUACCUUUUUACCAGGUGGCCAUGGUACACUUUUGGGAUUAAUAAACUGUUUUAUUCACGUAAUAAUGUAUUCAUAUUAUUUCCUGUCAUCGUUAGGACCACAAUACCAAAAAUAUCUAUGGUGGAAAAAACAUGUGACGGCUCUCCAAAUGUUCCAGUUCUGCAUAGUAUUCUGGCACAAUUUCCAAGUCCUGUUCAGACCAUGUGAUUACCCUAAAUUCUUGAAUUUCCUUCUCGCAACGCAAGCAGCAUACUUCUUCUACCUCUUUGGCUGCUUCUACGUAAACAGCUACUUAAAGAACAAAAAUAAAUCGAAAUCUCAAGACAAUAAGUCUAUCACUGCACAAAAUGGCCACGCUCAGAACGGAAAAGUGCAAAAUGGAGUUAUUUUGGAAAAUGGAUCCCACGCAAAUGGAAACGCAAUAGAAAAUGGUUCUUUGCCGAAUGGAAACAUAAAGGAAAAUGGUGUUUCUCAAAACGGAAAGACGAAAGUUCAAUAA